AGUUCCUGGAUUCCGGUGUCGGCCUAGCAGUCGAGCUAACAAGUUUGCUAGUGGCUAACUCAAGGAGGACCGUAAACGACCAACACCCAAAGGACAAGACAGCUCACAUGUGCGGUUUUAGGUAUGUCCCACUCGCCCUACUUGCUCCUCUUGAUAAUAAAUAAACGGGACCGAGCAAAAAUAGUGUUAAUGGAAGUUACUGUGCGAAUGUAAAAAUCUUAGCGUUAGCUUACUCUGUUAGCUGUGGUAAAGGACUGAGCGGUGUCGCAAAAAACUUUGGUGGCUAGGUAAGAGCUAACUGAUCACCAAGUACGGUUUGCGUUGUUGUGUUUUAUUUUAUUCACAUUUAUUACACCGAGCCUGAACUUGGCAGCGUCUAUUAUCUGGAGUAGGGCAGAAAUUAGCCUGUUAAUGAGGAUGAUUGUUGUGUGAGCAAACAGCGUUUAGUUGUGUGAACUGAAGCCCAGCUCUGCCCUGGCCUGCUGUUUGACGUCUCUCCUUUUAACCAUAUGAUCCAAAGAUGAUGUGAUAUCAGACGGAAUAGCGUAUGAUCGACUAAGAAUUCACUCAGGGUCUGUCAUUGUGUCACUGUUGCUAGAUUGGUUGAAUUUGCUCGAUCAGUCGCUCCAAGAUUUGCCUGCUGACUGAAGAUUGUUACGGUGACAUGAGAGGACAGGACAGGGCUGGACUCGGAGAUUUUAGGAUUAACAGCCAUUAUAGUCAGGGGGGGAUUUGUUGUGGAGCAGAUGAGAUGAUUACUAACAGACACUCUACUUUGCACAGAGGUUAUAUUAGUUAGUAAUCAUGAUUGUUGAGAGGAGGGGUGUGUCCAAACUAUCAGAUUACACUGGAUCCGUUUCCAGUGCGAUCACACCGCACGGACGAGUUUUCUUAAUCUGGAGAUGAAGAGUAUCUAUAUGUUAAGUGUGUGUGUGUGUGUGUGUGUGUGUGUGUGUGUGUGUGUGUGUGUGUGUGUGUGUGUGUGUGCGCGCGCGCCCACCCUGAUGUUCAGAUCAGAUCAUUGUCUUCAUGCUGUUGCAUUUCCAGUAUUGGGCGGUGUUUAAUUUGACCACCUGAGGGCAUAGAGGUGGCAGCUCUCUGUUUAACAACAAGUUGUUGAGCAACCCUUUCUGUGACUAAUACUGGAAAUUCAGAAGUACUCACUACUUGUGUUUAAGGGACAGUAAUAGUUUAGUUAGUCAUCAUUCUGAAGAAAUCUGAAGGAAACACCUCUUUUUCCGAUACGAAUCUACUAUAACUGUCCAUUUUUAAAGCCCGUCUAAAAACCCACUUUUAUUCCUUGGCUUUUGACCCAGCAUGAGACGGCAUUUGUUUUAUUGCUUUUUUUUUAAAUGAUUUAUUGUUGUUUUAUGUCAUUAUGUACAGCACUUUGUGUCAGCUUUGGUCAUAUUUAAAGUGCUCUAUGAAUAAAGUUGAGUUGAGUAUAAUCUAACAAGUGCAAAAAUGUUUCAGUUUAAAAAACACUUAAAGCUACUGUCUACGAUCUGAAAACCAGUUUGGCUGUUGAGACAGAUUUGAAAAACGCAGCCUGCCCCCCCUUCACUCACCCCUCCCCUCCGUGUUGUGUUCUAAGAUCCCGCCCCCCUAUCUUGUGUCGCCUCCAAACAACACGCCCCCUCCGAUAGAGCAAGAAGCCGGCCGGCAGAAAAUAUCAUCUGCAAAGCUAGCUUUGAAAACAACUCAGGAUGUCUGGGUCGGAUUCACAGAUUCACAGCGCAAUCAAAACCAUAUACUAGCGGGGCGAAGAUGAUGCGAUGCGUGGCUAACUUUUGCUAAAAUCUAUUGACAGAGCCUACCCGUUCUGACCAACAACAUUCAGUCAUUAGCCGGUGUAGGCACAGACUAACCAGAGUUAUUCAGCAGACAUCUCCCACUGAAGUAAACAAAGUAAUUAACCUGUUCAACAGAAAUCCGGCUGUCUCAGCGUCAGUUUUCAAUCCCAAAUCCUUCUGCAGCUUUUUCCACCGGUCGUAUGUUUCUCCAAUGUAGACUCUCCGUUGGCACCUGUAUCGCUCAUAUUUCUUCCUUACUUCAGCCUUUACCUCGAAACUUUUAUGUUUCCUUCCGGCUCCAUUAUGCUUCAGUAGCUGUGCAGCUCGCUAAUCACAUGUACAUAAGGGGGGUAGUGGGGAGGAGGUGGGAUCAUGGGCGGGAUGGUGCGGAGCAGGGGAGACAGGGAAUUGAAUGGACUCACAGACCACUCCGAACCUUCGGGGUUACCGCGGUUCGGAUUGGUCGAUUAUUAUGCCUUUUUGCAGCGGAUAUACUGAAUGGAUUUUUUUCGUUCUUUUUAAUCUUUAUAUUGCGUAGAUCGGACCAUAGGACCAUAACGGCCUUAUAAACUGUGUUAUUAAUAAGUACCAAGCUUCCAAAUGGUAGACAAAAGCUUUAACACACAAGCUAUUAUUUCUUUGGUAAUGUGUUUUCCACCUGUUGUUAUGCCUGCAAUAAUAUGAGGAGUAUGUAAAGUGUGCAGUAUCAUUGUCCAGGAUUGCAAUGUUUGUAUGACGUGCAAGAAAUAAGCAUUGAUGUUUACAUAUUUGCUGCUGUGAUAUCUCAUGAGGUUCUUUUGUGUUUUAGCUGUUUAGCAUAUUUUUUAAAACCAGUGUUGUAGCCCAUUGUUGGAGAUCCUGUCAAAAAUUCAAGGAAUCCAGAAAACAUUCAGGACAGGGGACAUACACAUGAAACCUCUUUUUUUUGUAAAUGUUAUUCAGUGCAGUGUGUUUGUCACUCAUGUUCAUAUUACAAUUGUUCUGAAAAAGAAUUUGUGCAGCUUUAUUUGGUACAUGCAGAGCUAAAAUUAAUCACGUCACAAUAUUAAUUGCAUCUGUAGAUUACAUUCCAGAUCAAUUGUUUUGAGUAAUGAAGUGAAAAUUUUACAAAAAGAAACCCAACCAGAUUCUUUAAUCCAUUGUAACUGUAUGCAACAUGUGUUGUGUUUGUCUCCGCAGGUUAAGUCCCGCUCAGUAACACUGAUUUCCAAAGGUGGCAUCCAAGAGCUUACCCACAGAACCAGUGGGUAACAGAGGACCAGGAGACGAACCGAAUAAAAGGAUCAGAAUGCAUCUGACAACAUAGCACUGCAGCUGUACAUGGCUUUACUCAGGACGUGCAAAAUGGGAAAUGAGGUCUAUCUGCAAAGAAUUCGGAGGUGGGAUAGGUCUCUUCACCCAGACCUGGCCUACCUUGGUGACACCUCGAUGUCAUACACAGGGCUCAUGUUUGGAAUGAGUUGAUUUUAUCCUCCUAAGGACUGAGGGGAGGGGUCUCAAAAGAUCCAGAGGACUGCUUUGCUUUUUGAGCUACUUGAAAAGGCAAGGCUUGAAAUCAUUUUAAAUAAAUUUUUUUAAGCAGAUUUUUUUUUUAAAAAGAAAAUCCAGCUGGACUUUGUUUUGUUUGACAUUAAGCGGCUACACACCACUGGUGCAAAAGUGGUGUUUGUUGGUUCAGUUGUUGUUCUCUUGCUGAUGUUGUUUAAAACGCUGGAGCUGUCCCUCCUGCCACCAUCCUCAGUUUCUUCCACCCACCUAGUGCCUAAAUAAGCCCUCUCGGGACAAUCACAGAAGUCAUCAGCAGCUGCUACGUUCAAUCCUCUGCCUGUUCUCCUCUAUGUGCUUCUGCUGUGGGCCUGCUGGCUUCCCACCCACUACCUCUUUAUUUUUCCUGUCUUUUCUUUUCAUAUUAACUUUCUCUGAGGGGUAAAAUCAGAAGUCAAGCACAGGAAUGAUCAUUUCUGCUAACACUUCAGUUUAAUGAGUGGGAACAAACCCAAAUUGUUCCAGUUCUAGCCAGGUGUGCAAGUGUCUGUGCUGUAGUCUACAUGCACAGCUGUGCAACGGUUGCACUGCUGCCAGCAAGCAGUUAAAGAUACGUUUUAUUUAUAUUCUUGCACCAAACACGGUUACAAUAAGCCAUAAAGAAUAUUUAUGAAUUACCUACACAUAUUUUUGUAUCACAUUGCUUUUGUAUAGUUUUGCUUUUGUAAGCCUCUCUUAUGAAUAUGCACAUGAACUGAGUAUUUACAAACAGUACUCAUGCAAGAAGAGCUGCAGAUUGUAAAAUUAGAUCUGAUUUUGAGUGAUUUCAGAAGUGCUGUGAGACAUUCAGUGACUGUGCACAGAGAAUCCCUCAUGUUUCUGCUGAGUUGCUGCUUUGCAUAGUGUUGGUUUUCUUUUCCAGUCUGCAGUUAUGGCCCCUCAUAACAACCAACUUACUCACAGUUUUGACCUGUAGAGCACUCAUAACACCAGGUAGACAGUAGAUAUCUACCUCUCUGUCUCUCUGUCUCUCUUUCUUCCUCCCCCCUCUCUCUUUCUCUGAUGCCGGGCUUUAGUGGUGGGGGGGUUGGGGGAGGAGUGGGUGGCCCUGCUUCUGCUCCUCCCCGUCCAUUUCGACCUAGCCGAUAUGUCCCCGUGUCUGCAGCCACCACCUUCCUGGUCGGAGCGACGACCCUUUUUUUCUGCUUUACGUGAGUAACAUUUUCUUGUUUAAAAAAAAAUCGACACAUGACCUUAGGGCCUACAUGUCUGUACACUAUUAUGUCACUGCAUACAAUUGACAAAGUUUACAGAGCAAACUUGGCCACUCUUGAGGCGACACUUAAGAUCUCACAUGUCCUUAUGGUCACAUGUGAGCCGAACAGUUUAAACAAAGCUGUUAUGGGAUAAAUUAUAUCAGCAGCCACUGGUUAUGUUUAAAACUGAACUAGUUUCAUUUUUCUUUCUCUGCUUUGCCAACAAGUGCAGGAAAUAGCAAUCCUGUAACAUUUACACCCUGUUUUUUGUGUCCUAAAAAGCAGCAAUUAGAUUAUGUCUGACUUAAAAGACUUUGUUGUUAAAUCUUCACUUAGUGUCCACCUCUUUUCUGUUUGUCCAGGUGCCCAUGGCUGUCAGUGUAUUUCUCCUCUGUCAUACCCAUUUACAUUGCUGUGAUCUUCCUCUUCACCCUUGCCAACUUCUGCAUGGCCACCUUUAUGGACCCUGGAGUCUUUCCCAGAGGUAAACAUACACUGGCAGGGCUUGUGUGCAAGUAUUUGCUUCAGAAAGUUAUCCUGUAAUAUAGUGAACUGAUAAGUAUCUUCUCCAAUCAUUUGCUGUGUGAUAUCGCAAUGCAGGUAGAGCAUAUGAGCCAGAGUUGUGAACUUUUUGUGAUCUCAGUCUGUGUGUCUGUCGUCUUCAGCGGAGGAGGAUGAGGAUAAAGAGGAUGAUUUCCGCGCUCCCCUCUAUAAGACAGUGGAGAUCAAAGGCAUCCAGGUGCGCAUGAAGUGGUGUUCAACCUGCCGCUUCUACCGCCCACCGCGCUGCUCACACUGUUCUGUGUGCGACAACUGUGUGGAGGUAAAUUUAUUGGGCUGUUCAUGCUCUAGUUCUUUUAUUUCUUUUUUCAUAUGAGCACUUUUAUAUGGUGCUUUGGUUGGGAGGCUGAGUGUGUUAAUUUCAUGACUGUUUUUUUCCUUUUAAUUUUUAUUGUUGUUAUUACUCCUUUAUUUCACUAUUAUUCAUUGAAAGCUUGUGGAACUGUUAUAAAAACCCUUAACUCUUGGGUAAAACUUGUGUUUGAAAGUUGAGGCAUUAAUCCCCAGCAGCUCUAAGUCUAAAACUGUAAUGACAGUUUGUGCCCCUUGGUUUCUCUAAUCAUACUUAUUUCAUAACAAAUGUCUGUAAUCUCCUAUCAGAUUUGACUGUUAAACCCAGAUCUGACCAAAAUGAUUAUCCUUAAAACCUACAGGAUGUGUGUGCGUAGUGUUCCGCCAAUACCAUGCUCUCUGCAGCUAAUGCGUGCCUGUUCUAGUUGAUGCUCUUAUUUGCACAGGGAGCGCCUCAGCAUGUUCCAAAAAGCAUCUCUCCACUCUGCUCUGCCGAAGAUACACGCCCAGUCUAUUUUCAGCAGAGUCCGUGCCUGCCACAUGUCAAGCUGAUCAGAGAUUAUUGACCCAGACAGGAUGUCAAACACAGGGACAGAAUAUACUAUUUGCUAAAUUCCACAAUAAAACACAAUAUGCACACUCCUGAUCAUGUAUGAAGGAUGUAUCUUUGUAUUAAGAAACACUUAUUGAUGAUGGAUUUAUUGUUAACACAAACAAUCUUUCUGUCAUCCAUGAUGCAUGUGGACCACAACAGGACUUUUGGCUGGCUAACUUUGUCUGUAAAUAACUGCACAGUAAAGUGGAACAUAUUUAUGAAGACUAAACACGAUAAAACUUAAUGAUAACAUAGAUCGCCAUUGAUGGUAGAAUGAAAAUAUAUGGUUUAGAAUAAUAUCCAAAUGAGUUGUAAACCCUAACCCUAACAUCAGAGAGGCAAAGCAGAGCUGUUGCUUCAACCAUGCUUCCCCUGGACAUGUACCCUCAAACUCAGCAAAACUGGAACACAGUGCACACACAUGCUCUGGGUUAUCAUGGACUGUUUCCUUGUUAAAGCAGAAUUAAUUCAUCACUGUUUUGCAUCUUGUUGGUGUUUGACCUUGUGCCCUACAGGAUUUUGACCAUCACUGUCCAUGGGUGAACAACUGCAUUGGUCGGAGGAAUUAUCGCUAUUUUUUCCUCUUCCUGCUCUCACUGACCACCCACAUCAUGAACGUAUUCGGCUUUGGCCUUGUUUAUGUCCUGCACCACCGCCAACAGCUGGACACACCACAUGCUGCUGUAACGUAUCCUUGAACUGGUUUGGUGUAGCCGUAAAUAUGCAGGAUGUUAUUUCCCCAUUUGACUUUUUUUCCUUAUGAGUUGUAUCCUGGUAUUUCUCCUGCUUUUCGUGUUUACCUCCUUGACUCUCUCCCCAGUAUGGCCGUCAUGUGUGUGGCUGGUCUAUUUUUUGUCCCAGUUGCUGGCCUGACUGGGUUUCACAUAGUGUUAGUGGCCCGUGGUAGGACCACAAAUGAACAGGUACAGAGCCAAUUGUCUGCAUCAGAUUUUUUUCUGUUCUGAUACUCAGAUCAAGAUUUUCUGUUUCCAUGUGAGCUAUAACCCUUUUUUUCUGCCUCCCCCUCACUGCAGGUGACAGGGAAGUUUCGGGGUGGCGUUAACCCUUUCACCAAUGGCUGCUGGAGGAACAUUUCACAUGUGCUGUGCAGUUCCCAGGCCCCCAGGUCAGCCUCCCAUCUUCUCAUUUGUUCACAUCUUUUGACUCUACUCUCAUGAACACUGCUAAAAAUGGUGCUGUGGCUCUCCUUCCCUUUCCACCUUUCAGCUUUUUCUCUUUUGUUGUUCACAUUUGUCUGUCAAGUCAACAAAAUACUUGAGUACAGUCUUUCAGCAUGAGGCGUAUGUCAUGUGAGGCUCUCUUCUGUGUUUGUAUCGUUUAAAGUGAAUUGAAUUUUGUGUGCAUGUCCCCCUCACAGAUACAUGGGUCGAUGGAGGAGCCCUCAGGCAGUAGAAGUACAGCCACCGUUUCUUCGACCGCCUCUCACUGAGGCGCAGCUGGAGGCGAAGGUCUUAGACAAUGGCAUCCAGAAUGAUAGACACAGCACCAGGGUGAGUCAUACCGAUUCCAACAACCACACAACAAAAACAGAAUUUACCACAAAUGGUCUCAUGCUUUUUCGUGUUGCUGAGAGAUAUUUGGCCUGAAUCUCACUUUUGGAUGUUUCUGUGGAAUGAAAUAGUCAUUUUCACAAUGCAGAAAACUUCUGCCUGUGCUUGUAGUGAUUCCUAUAUCUUGAGAUGAAGAGCAGUUUGCUUCAUGUGUUUGUCUCUAACGUCCACUCAUGCUCGCUCAGGUUACAAAGCAACUACUUGUACCACAUCUUUAAAAAUGUCAGACAGUGUUAUGCUGUAAUGGUGUUGCAGUCUGUGUGCCGUGCGACUCUACAUUCAUCUCGACUCUGUUUUUGCUCCACUUCUUUCCCCUCAACAUCAACAUGUCCUGACGCUCUUUGACUCUGUGUCUUUUCCAGUCCAAGAGCAGUCUAGAUCAGAUGGAGAGCCAGUCAGCAGAUGCAGAGCCUCCACCUCCUCCAAAGCCAGAGCUUCGGUAUCCUGGCCUGCCUCGUGCUGACACAGAAGGUGAGACACACACACAUAGGUACAGGCUGUGUCCGAAAUGGCCUACUACUCCUACUACUCCUACGAACCCCGCCUCUGAAUUGAGUGGACAGUGCGUUCACACUGUACAGUAUGCGAAUUUUGUGUAUGUGAGAAAUGCCCGGAUGUAUACUCAAUCGGCUUCGAUUUUGAGUGUGCAACGGAGCUUGCUUCACGUACUGCUUCUGCCCCACAAUGCAUUGCGCACCUCAGCUGGUAAUAUGGCCCUCUUUCCCGAGACUGAAAAGAAAUAGAUGGCAUGUGAUUGCAAUAAUAAUUAUAUAUAUAUAAAUAGAUAAACAAUAUUUAGUCAGUAUACAUUACACAAUUUUUAUCAUUUUAUCAUAUUUUGAUCUUUUUACCAGAUUUAUUUGUAUUUUAAAUUAGGAUUAUAAGUAAUGUUUUUAACUAUUCGUAUGAAUUGACUUUAUUUAUUUCAGUGUCUAUUAAAGAUGUAUUUAUUACAUCAAGUUUGAGCAUCUUCUCAUCUCUGAAUGCAUCAUCAAAGUGGUCGCUCAUAUUAAGCACAGACCUCUGAUUAAUAAUUAUUAUUAUUGGUAGAGAGCACAUGGUUCAGAAUAUACAAACGGGGGAAUUUCCAGUUGACAAUCUAUGUGAGCUUUACUAAUUCUUACUUGUGGUUGAAAAUCUGAUGGUUUCUGAAAUUAUCAUUGUACAUGAAAGAAUGUAGUCGGGAAAUGAUGUAUUUGCCAAGGAAUAACCGAACAAGGUCGUAAUAAUUAUGUUGUGUGUUGGUCAUUUUGCAGCCCUCUGCUGCUCAUCACACAACCAGCAGGUGGUGUAUAGCAUUAUCACCAUGGAUACACAGAUGUUUGUGUGAUUUUUUUCAUCCACUGCCGCCCGGUUUGUGUCGUGUAGAUGUUGAUUAUGAAAACACUUCGCAAUAAUUUGGAAACGUAAAGGGGGAGCUGCUGCUGCCCGGUGUUUACGGUAAAUAGACGCAAACACCCACCAAGCGGACGCUUCGGUCUCCGAAAACGCAGAGACAAAUUUACAAACAGCAACUAUUUCAAACGACUGGGCUCAUAAUCGUGAUGUAAACACUUACUUUCUCGCUAGAAAAAAUAUUAUUAUUGAAUGAAUUUAUAUAAUUUGUCCAGAAUGCAGUCGUUCUGUGUAGCUUGUGGUAGGACUAUUUAAAUUUUCCCGGCGCUGCGUCCGGCCGGCACGAAAUUCAUUCUGGGGUAUUUAGUAUGUAUGUGUGUAAACGCUCGGGCAGCCGCGGCAUACUCAAAUCAUCUUUGAGUAGUCAGUAGGCAGUAGCUACUGCUUGAGUAGGUAAGUAGAUAGUAGGCAGUAUGCCAUUUCGGACACAGCCACAGACUAUUAAUGACUAUAAACUUAAUAGUUGAUCCUCCUGUGAAAUACUUAUUUUCUUCAUAUCUCUUUCCAGAGAGCAGUUUGCUGACUGAAGCUCCACCUACACCGUCAAUGUACAAAUACAGACCUACUUACAGUAGCCCAGGAAGGAACCACACAGCCCUCUCACACCCAAACAAGGUACAUGUCAAUUUACCCUUGGCUCUAAACUACACUCAUAUUAUCGUGUAGAUACUGUAUGAAUAAUAAGCAGUCUUCUUAAACUGAAGUUUACCCCGUCUUUGUCUUACUAGCAACUCAUACACAAGUAAAUCUGUAUGUACCUUCUUUUAGAUUCACUCGACCUUGUUGAUUGCCAUAUUUCAAGGAUAUUUUAAUAUUAGUAAAACAAAGGGAUGUUUAAACAUUUCUGUUCUGAGAAUCUAGGAAAACAAGCAAACAAUAUCCCCUGGCCCUCCUGAUUUCUGUUGUGGUUAACACAGUGCCCCUGUUUUUUUGUUUUUACUUUGAAUUGAUCAUUCAGUGGCCAUCGGUUGAUCAGUAAGUCUCAGCUAGUGUCAUCUGUGUGUGAGUGGAAGUGUGUGUGUCUCCCUUUGACUGUCUUAUGUGUGUUUGAGUGGAUCUAUCCUUCCCCCUGAGACCAUUGACUGGAAUGUGUAGUUCCUGUACUGUAUGUAUUUGUACUUCCAUAUAUGUGUUGAUACACACAGUCUUUGACAUGCAGUGUCGGUGCUUGUUAAACCAGUCAAUGUUUCCAAUCCAGUAGUGUGAUGAUGGAGUAGAGCACCGGUCAAGCAUCUGAUUUUCCCCACCACUUUAUUAUUUUUUUGUUGGUGCAAUCUGUAGACAGUUUGUUUUGAUUCUAUGUUAUCCUUUCCUGAGGUAACAUGGCGUCUCCAUCUUUCUUCCCUCUUCUUCACUCCUACCUCCAUCUUCAUCACACUGUUCCUCCCACUCUCUGCCUUUGAUCUGUCUCUCCUCCUCUCUCUCCUCCUCUCCUUUUCAUAGAUGAUCCGUGGGGAGAGUCUGGACUCUCCAUCACCCUCCAUUCUUCAGUCCAGCCGCCAGCCCAGUUACCGCUCAGAGCCGAGCAGCCUGGACGGGGCCACAGUAGUAGGGGGAGGUGUAGGGGUGCGCAGAGGGGGAGGGGAGAGGGGUGAGGGCCCCGGAGGCCCUGGCGGGACUGCUGUGGGGAUGUCAGGGGGCAUGUCUGGUCACUCCCUGACUGGGCGCUCCUACACCUCCUACCCAUCCUCUCUGGUUCUGUCCACUGGCGGCUCCCGCUCCUCCAGUCUGCGCUCAGCGCACACGGCACAUAACCCACUGGCCACGCUCCAAUCAGAGGGUACCACAGACACCAGCUACAAAAGCCUGGCCAAUCAGACGCCUCGGAACGGCAGCCUGUCCUAUGACAGCCUGCUGACGCCUUCCGAGAGCCCAGAGUUUGAGUCAGCUGCCCAUGAGCUGUCCCCACAGAAGCCUCGAGCUCUGUUUCCCUCAACGACUUUAACAGGCCAGCCUGAGGUGGUGUCACCCGGUAGCCCGCUGCAGGGCUACACGUCGCCCUUCCUCUCAGCUCAGAUUGCACAGCAGAGGGAGGGGCAGCUUCUCCAGGGCUCUGCCACUUUCUCCUCCCCCCACAGGGCCUACCUGCGUGCCGUUAGCCCUCCCCCUUUCUCCUCAUCUGGGCCUCCUGAAAUACAGCACCUGCUCCAUCAUAACCACGACCCCUCUUCCCGAGCCUUCCGUAACCCUUCCUCCUCAUCCUCUUCCCCUGGGGCUCGCUCACUAGAGCCUCCUGUCUCCCCGCCACCCCGAGGGCUUUCCCUUGGGAAGUCCCAGUCUUACAUUGGGGAGGCAGGGCCUCAGUACAAGCCUCGGCCUACGGGAGGAGGCACUGUGCUGAGUGGGGGAGGAGCCGGGGGAGGGCAACAGGCUCCACAGUGAGUAGUGAUCCUUCUGCAGAUCCAUCAGCCUGCUACUCUUCCUUCUCCUUUCCCUCAUAAUCCUCUUCUUCUUCCUCCCUGGUUUGUGUCAGCCUUCCUCUUCCUCCCUGAUCUGUGUGAGUCUUCCUUUUCCUCUUGAACAGUUUACAAUCUUGCUUGUUAAUUUUGUAACAGUUGGAUGUGUGUGAAAGUUGUGUUGGUGUAAUUGAUAAAAUGUGUGUGUAGUGUUUAUGCAUGCCAGUGUGCGACUAGUCUGAUGAAAGCAUGUCUAACAAUGCUGCCCUUUUUAUCUGUCCUUUUUUCCCUCUUCCAACUCACUCAGCUUAGUAACCAAAUGCCUUACAAGAUCCAUGGUAGUGAAAUAUUUUUACAGUUUUUGCUUGUUCAUUGUCUUUGAAGUAGAACUUCUCAUCUCCACUUCCAUUUAUUCUUUAUCCUCAUCCUGAAUCCCCCCCAUCCCCACUCUACCCUUCCUGAUGACUGUCCAAUCAGAUCCACCUCUCGCCCAGCCUUGGCCAAUCACACCACAUCCAAACCAGGGGGCGGUGUGAAGAAGGUAACAGGCGUCGGAGGGACCACUUAUGAGAUAUCGGUUUGAGUGACAGAUGUCCUUCAAGGUCUAUCAUGAGGCGGAGGAGAAAAAGUCUCUGGACUGCUUCCACUUCCCCGAGCUGGAUAUUAUUCACGACUGCAGGACCCAGAGAAACAACUCUUCCUGUUGGACUCCAGAGGCAGGCCCGUGUGGUACUCACUCUGUUAGCUUUGGCCUCUGGCCUCUCUUCUCUGCAAGCCUUUCAGAUUUGAACAAAGAGUAAAACGGGACUACGGUUUAUUUUUCAAAGGAUCAAUGUGUCUCCAUUUUUUCCACUUGGUGAGCCAUAGACUAACGUGACUGUACCACCACGGUACGGAUAUUUCAAAUUGAACACCAUAGCUAUCCGAUGAGUUGCUGUUUUACUUUGGUACAUAGCUCACAGAGUGUUGACCUCUGUGUUUGACACCUUCAAGGAAAAGAUGGCCUUUAUCCAGUGGGUGUAGAGUUUUUGAGUGGAUUCAGGACUGUUGACCAAUAGAAACGUCUACUUCUGUACUGUCUGAACGGACCACAUGACCUGUUUAUUGAUAUAACCGUUGAGAGACGAGUCCGACCUAUAAACACAGUAUCAUUUUAGUUUUAUAAAUCUUUUUUUAAGAUAUUGUUUUAUAUAAAUGUAUGAAAUCUUUCAGAUUAUUAUUGGGUUAAAUUGUCAGGUAUUGAAGAUGACUAUUGAUGAGGGUGGCAAAUGUACUGUGUGUAAUUAUUCAUGAAAGCGAUUUCAAAUCAGUUGCCUGUUUAUAUUAAAUGGCUGCAUCAGCCACUCAUAAGCUCUUGCUGGAGUUGACAUCGUCCAAAGAGAAAGAUGAUCCUUUAGUGGACAGCUGAAGUGGCAAAUAAUUGAGCUUAACUUUGUUGAAAGCCACAAAGAAAUUUCUGAUUUUCAGCACAAACAUCUUUGUGGAAUGUACGCUUGUAAUGUUAAAGCUAGAGACAUUAUGCAAAAUCUAUUUGUAGCUUUAAGAUCAUUGUUUGUCUUGUUGGUGUUUUUAUGGUUUUUCUCCUUUUCUUUAAAGUCGUCUGUCAGUCAGUCUAGAUGCUAGCAGACCCUCGUACCUUGAACAGAUGGCCAGCCAAAUAGGGGCAGUGAGGGAAGGGCUUAUUUAUUUCACAAGACAAGAAAACUUAGUUUUGGACAAUAUUUCAAACCAGUCUCUACCAUUUUUUUUUUUUUUGAAAGAAAGAAAAAAAGAGAACUUGACUAUUUUUUUAAUGCUUUAAAAGAAAAUGUAAGUGUGAAAUGCCACUGAAUAGAUUAUUGAAGGGGACUGGUUUGCAAUGGAGAUUGUUUUUCUUUUGCCUUGAAUACAUUCUGAGUAGAGCAAGCACAUUUUAAUUUUUUUUAAUGAUUUUUAUUUUUUACAUUCGCAAAGGAAAAAAAAGAUAACAUUUCUCGAUUGACUUGCUCAUUUUUGAGAAACUUCUGUAAAGGUACAUAAAAAAGCCACUUUGACAGUACUAAGAAGAGAAACAGAGGUGUGUAUGCACAUGCAUCAUUCAGGACCGGGCAUUACAGUCUAGCUUUAUUUAUUUUCCUUUUUUUAAUAUUAAAGCCCACAGCGGUGUUCGCAGUAGUAUGUCAAGGCUGGCUGAAUGUAGCACGUCUUUGGGAGAAAGUACACGCUUGAAGCACACGAGUAUCAUUCAACCCAAACAACUGUGUUAUAAGAUUUCAACCCUUUCAGGCUUUGUCUUUGGUGUGCAUGUGAUUUUGUUUGUCAUGCUGAACUGGCUACUUGUGAGAAUAUUGUCAGACAUCCACCCAGUUCAUGUGUGGGUGGCAACAAGAUAAGAAGAUUCAUGGCACAAGCAGCUUUUGAAUGGAGAUAAAGAACCUGUGUUACUUUUCUUCCUGCUCUGGCCAAUCAUGGUGGCCGCUGAACAAUCUGAUCUUUUGAGUAUAGUAGGUAAACUUCUGUGUGAGAUAAAAUAUUGCUAUUGUGGGCUGUGAUGAAUGGAACGAGUUUCACAAAUAUCUGUAAUGAGUACAUUAAAGACAUUUCCAAAAUGGCCUUAUAAAGAAUUUUUAAAAAGAUUUCUUCUCAGAAUAAAAAGGUCAAACUGAUUUAAAAACAACAAAA